AUGGAUGGCCUCAGCGACGCUGCCACCAUUAUUGCUGUCAUAAAACUCUCCUGUGAAGUCGUCGGCUUCGUCGGCACGGCAAUCGGAGCGACAAAAGAAAGGAAGCGCGUUCGCGAGGAAGUUCAGGCCUGCCAAACAAUCCUUCAACAACUCAAAGAUGAGGCCGAGGAAUCAGAGGAAGGACAAAGAUGGGCAAAGAUAAUCAAGGCCCUCGAGGAACCACAUGCGCCGCUGGGUCGGCUUUGGAUUGCUUUGAAUGUCCUCAAAACCAGGCUUGAACCGAAGGGUGGCCCAAAACUAUUGACAUCUUUGAGAUGGCCCUUUCAACGAAAAGAGGUGGAAAAAAUCAUCGACUCCAUCGAACGUGAGAAGGCACUAUUGGGUUUGGCACUGGUCAAUGAUGAGCGGAGACUGAUUCAAGACCUUAAGAAGAGCUCCAAAGAAAACACGUGCCAAAUCCGGGAGCUACUCGAAGUCGUUAAAGAAAGCUCGCAGGCCAGUGAGAAUCGACUUGCCGAGUUGGAAAACGGCUUAGCUCGUAUUGAACUGUUGCAGGCCGGUCUUAACGACGGCCAGGAUCGUCGAGAGGCUUCUGAAGAGCAUAGGACUGUUCUCGACUGGCUCACCCCACUCAACUAUGCUUCCCAGCAGAGCGACUUCAUUAGUCGACGACAACCGGGGACGGGACAAUGGCUUCUCGACGCGACAGAGUUCAAGACGUGGGUGGAGACUGACAAGCAGAUCUUGUUCUGUCCAGGUAUUCCCGGCGCCGGGAAGACGAUUCUCACAUCAAUCAUUAUCGAGUAUCUCCACCGCAAGUUUCAACAGGACCAAGUGGACGGCAAUAUUGGUAUUGCAUAUCUUUAUUGCAAUUAUCGGCAGCGAUACGAACAGCGGGCCAUUGACUUACUCACGUCCCUACUCAAACAGCUAAGCCAUGCAAGGUCCUCGUUGACAGGCUGCGUGAAGGACCUCUAUGAUCAACACAGAAGCAGGCAAACUCGUCCCUCGGUCGAUGAAGUAUCGAGAACCUUACAAAAGUUGGCGCGCACAUUCUCCCGAAUCUUCAUCAUCAUCGACGCCGUUGAUGAAUGCCAAACUUCUGAUGGCAGCCAAAUGUUGUUCUUAACAGAGGUCUUCAAUCUUCACACUAGCUCUGGAGCAAAUAUCUUUGUGACCUCGAGGUUUAUUCCAGAAAUUGUGAAGAAGUUUGAAGGGGCGUACCCUAGGUACAUAGAUGCAGACGGCCGAACGGCGCUGUGGUUUGCCGCCAGCAGUGGGCAAGAGGGUGUGGUACGACUACUGCUCGACAAGGGUGCCAACAUCGAGGUAAAAGACAACGAGGGCCGGACGGCGCUACUGUGCGCUACCGAGGUUGGGCAAGAGACUGUCGUACGGCUCCUACUUGACGAGGGCGCUAACAUCGAGGUAGAAGACUACGACGGCCAUACGGCGCUGAUGUGCGCUGUCUGUGAAGGGCACGAGGCUAUCAUACGGCUCCUACUCCACGAGGGUGCCAACAUCGAGGCAAAAGACAACAACUGUAAGACAGCGCUAUCGUGGGCCGCGUAUUUAUGGCGUGAAGAUAUUGUCCGGCUCCUUCUCGAUAAGGGCGCCAAUAUCGAGGUCAAGGAUAGCUGUGGCACGACAGCGUUAUCGUCGGCCGCAUAUAGAGGGUACGAAGAUAUCGUCCGGCUCCUUCUCGAUAAGGGCGCCAACCUCGAGGCCAAGGAUCAUUUCGGUAAGGCGCCACUGUGGUGGGCCGCCAUCGAAAAGCGCGAAGGCAUUGUGCGGCUGCUGCUCGAAAGGGGCGCCGAUGUAGAGUCAUGGGAUGAGUCAUUAUUCGGUCCAAUCCCCAGGUGA